UCGCAGGGACUUUACCUCAGCCGCGCGGCGUACGUGAGCGCGACGACCCCUAGUCGUCCUAUCGCGCGCGAACGGGCAAACAGCGUUUCGCCGUCGCGCUAUGUGCGUCGCGCUUCUGCCUCGAGAUCUUUUCAUUGUGCGCCAGUCAGCCUCGGGAGUGCCGAAUAUUAUUAACAUCGGGCGAUCGUUCUGAUCGAGUACGCGUGAGCACGGCAAGCUCCUCGAUCGUGACGAGCGCGUAAGUUUUGCGAUCGCCGGCACCGUCGACAGCCAUUUUCCCGUCCGUGCACUUCCGCGAGAGGAGCAUUUCCGCGCGAGUGUCUCCGCGUAAUCGUGUGUCACUACGUGUCGCUGUGUCUAAUUAAUGACACACGACGAUUGUAACCGCGUCAACCGGGAAUGCGGCACGGCGUCCACGUUGAUUUCUCGCGUCGCGUCGCCGAUCUGGACAGUCGACAUUGCAGUUCCCGCGCUUCUUGCCGGAAGCAAAUCUCGCAAAAUGGUUAUAACGUUCGCGAAUGUCGUGUGAUAAGUUAUCCUUCGCGGAAUCGUCAGGCUGAUCGGAGGAUCUCAUCAGCUGUGCUGACACCACCUGGACGACAUCGCAUCGCGGAUUCUUGACGCGACAGCCGAAUUUGCGUCGCAUAACCUUGAUGGGACGGCCAAAUCGCAUCGCGGAUCUUUGAUGGGACAGCCGAAGGCGUCGCGACGGCGGUGCAGUGAUCGGUCGGCGGAUGGACGUGCCAGCCGCUGGAAAGCCCGAAUCCGGAGGAAAGUACGAAGAAGCCGGUAAUAAUCGUCGUCAUCGUCGUCAUCGCCGCGGGCGGCGCAGGAGAGCCGAGUUGACGGACGUAGGGCGAUUCGCGCGAAGAAAGAGGGAAAGGAAGAAGAGGAGCAAAUAACGAGAGGCAACCGCGUGCUCUUAACCAUUGUCGUGAUACGCGUCGUUGUCGUGGAAGACGGAAGACGAGGCAGGAGUGGAAGAAGGAAAAACACAGCUCGGAGAAGCACUGGUGGAAGGAGGAGAGAGCGGUAUCGUACGGUGUUGGCUUCCAUCAGGAAAACCCUCAGUUGGUCGCUCAAGACACGGUGCAGAGGACGCGUGUCCGGUCACGUGCGCGUGUCUCCCUAACGUCGGUGAGUGAUUCGCCGGGUGUCGUAGUAAUCGGCAGUCUCAUUCAUCGGCGACACGCGGUGGACACUGCCUCGCGAGCACCUCGAGGAAAGACGUCGGUCGACCGGUCGAUCCCGAACUUGGUGAUAUUUCGUGUCUCGCGAGAACAGAUAGCGGGAUUAUUCGGUCGCGAAUAGACCGAGAAAUUGGCCGUCGAGAUAUUUCCACUGCGGCUACCUCGGUUCCGAUCGUGUCGAGCAGGUUUCGAAGUUUGAGACCUUCGAGGCGGUAGCCGGUUUCCUCCGCCUCAACGCUGUCAAAGCCGCGCGCGUUCGCGAAACUUCUUCACCUUCGUGAAGAAUCGUCCUUGUCGUCGUCGCCGGGACGAUCUGUCGCGAGUGAUAGUGCCGCAGCAGUGUUUCUCGGGGAAGUUAAGGAUGCACCCCUACGAGAAGAUGAUGCGCCACAUCGCAGUCGCCGUCCUUCUCUCCUUAUUUACCAGCGGAACGCCGGUAUCGUCGAUCUACGCGGACGACCAAAUGCAAAACUAUCUCAUGAGGUUCGGCUACUUACCGCAGACUGACAUCGAGACGGGCAAUCUACGGACGGAGGAUCAACUCAGGGACGCCAUAAAGAAUCUGCAGAGAUUCGGCGGGCUCCGCAUAACGGGCGAGAUCGACAAAGCGACGCAGAAGCUGAUGAAGGCGAGGAGAUGCGGAUUACCGGAUCAGCCGGAUCCCAGAUUCAGCAAGACGAGGCACAAGCGUUUUACCAUUCAUGGCCAGCAGUGGUCGCACCGGAAUCUCACCUGGAGUUUGAGAUCCGAGCAGCCCAGCGGCCUGGAUACCGGCGGGGUUCGGCUGGAGCUCAGCAAGGCCCUCGACCUCUGGGCCAGGAAUUCCAAGCUGACUUUUCGGGAGAUUAACAGCGAUCGCGCCGACAUUUUAAUCUACUUCCAUCGGGGUUAUCACGGAGAUGGAUAUCCGUUUGAUGGCAGAGGCCAGAUUCUGGCGCACGCGUUCUUCCCAGGCAAGGAUCGCGGCGGGGACGCUCACUUCGACGAGGAAGAGAUAUGGUUGUUGCAGGACGACAGUAACGAGGAAGGCACCAGCUUGUUCGCGGUGGCCGCUCAUGAAUUCGGCCAUUCCCUGGGACUGGCGCACAGCUCGGUCCAGGGAGCUCUCAUGUAUCCCUGGUACCAAGGACUGAGCCCCAACUACGAGCUGCCAGAGGACGACCGGCACGGGAUUCAGCAGAUGUACGGUGCUCCCGAGGGAAAGCUCUGGGGCAACAUACCAGGCGGUCCGUCACCUCCAGAGCGACCACCACCACUAUCACCGACGUCGACGACAACGACGUCCACCCCGUCGACGUAUAGACCUUGGAGGACCAGGCCCACCAGGCCUAAUCAUUAUCCAGACGAUAGCAGACCUCGACAGCCUCCGAGCCGUUACCCUCAGAAGCCGGACUAUCGGCCGCGCAAGCCGCAACACCGGCAUCAUACGGUGAUGACGACGUCGACGACCACGAUGCGGCCGACCCCGAGGUUCAGGCAUCGCUGGACUCCGCAGCAACGGGAUGACGUGCCCGACAAGUGUGACACCAGCUACGACGCCAUCAGCAUCAUCCGCAGGGAGAUCUUCAUCUUCAAGGGACGGUAUCUAUGGAGAAUAGGCGAGCAAGGUAUUUACGAGGGAUACCCGGCGGAGAUCAGCAGGCUGUUCAACUUGCCGGCAGGCGUUGACCACGUGGACGCAGUCUACGAGCGCUCGGACAAGAGGAUAGUCUUCUUCAUCGAUCGCGAGUACUACGUCUUCAACGCCAAUUUUCUGGAAGCAGGUUAUCCUAAACCCUUGACGAAUUUAGGGCUACCGCCCUCUCUGGAGAAGGUCGAUGGCGCCAUGGUGUGGGGCUACAACGGCAGGACCUAUUUCUUCAGUGGCUCCAUGUAUUGGAGGUUCGACGAGAACGUCAAUUACGUGGAGUUGGAUUAUCCCAGAGACAUAAGCAUGUUCGCCGGCGUCGGGAGCAAUAUUGAUGCCGUUUUUCAAUGGAAGAAUGGUAAAACAUACUUCUUCAAAGGCAAAGGUUUCUGGGAGUUCGAUGACUUGAGGAUGAGGGUAGCCCACGAGAAACAAAAACCCUCAGGACCAGUUUGGAUGGGUUGUCCGCCGGAAGUAGAGACCAACGAUAUUGAGACCAAUUUCCCCAGGAAGUCGAGUAUUGUCUCAGCUUCCACCGCGAGUGCAACUACAUCAAUACUCGCAAUAGUCGCCAUAAGCUUCUUUAAAAUAAUACUGUUGUCGCUGUAACGCACGUAUCCUCUCAGCCAACUACGUGACGGGAACAUUUCUCAUACCUUUGCGCAGGGAUUUCGCGCGCGAGUACGAACGUCAAACAAGCCAAUCGGAUAUUCAUAUCGAAGGAUCGUCGAUGGAUUAACGAGCGGAACACGAGAAGGCGCGACUACUUUCGUUGAGAGCGACAUUUCAAAAGGGAUCGCUCGUGUAACAUGAUGCGUACGCGAAGUUGCGUCUUCGUUGACUCCCUCGCCGAUCCUUCGUACAAAGAAAUCGCGAUUACACGGCUCGAACAAAGCUCUGCGGAUGAUAUCGACCUAAGCCACUUGCAGUGCACCUCUAAAAGGAUUUUUUCUAUACGAAAUGAAAGAUGAAAAUCUUAAUUUGAUGAAUGAAUUUGAUUAAUUUUGAUGAAAAUCGCGAAGUUUACGAUAUCAUGAGAUAAAAAUAAGGUUGAAAGGAAUCAAGAAAAGAUACGGCAACUAAAAUCGUAGCUAACUUGAACGAAUUUUAAGACAAGCUCUGCUCUUUGAUCAAUUAAACUAUCGACAGGAAUUUCUUGCGGACUUUUCAUGACAAGACUAAGAUUGUAUUAACCAAAAUACGCGAGAACUCCACAACGAUUCAACGAGAAAUCGGUCUUUCUUCGGAGUAUGAUCUAGGUCCGAAUCAUCCCUGGCAUUUUUACCGGAAAAAUCGCGCCGCUGAGCGCCGAGGCAUAUUUUUGUACGCUAUCUUUUUACAUCGCAUUUGUACGAUUGUAAUUAACUUAAGACAUAAUUUAUAUACUUCUAGGUGGACGCGAAUCCUUACAAUCUUAAUGAUUGACGAACCGCCACUGCCAAAAGAAUCCAUCCAACAUUUCGAUAUUCCUUUUACAAUUUACAAUUUUACAAUCGAGACAGAAAUCCCCGUUGUUAUCCUUUCCAAAGGACCAAUGCCGCGCACCACCGAUAUAUAAGCAUAUACUCUAUUAGUCGUCCUUCCGUAAACGCGACGCGAUUACUCGAAAGUGAACCGGGAAUUUCUAAGCGAUAAGAGAUAAUCGGGAUCCACGACAGAGCACGUAUUUUAUAUCAAUAUUGUAUUAAUUGAUAUCGCAUUAAUUUAGCAGAAGAGGACACGGGCAACGUGUCGCCAGUUUUAUAAACUGUGAUAUUUAUAUACCGCGCGGUCGACGUAGCUAGCGUAAAUGUCAAAGAGCGUAGCGCAAAAAAAAAUAAAAUAUACAAUUAUUGCAAUAUUGCAAUAAACUCGAUCUUGCAGAUUUAUAUACGGCGUUGUGUUUUCGAGAGGCAUGGACGAACUACGUAAGCGGUGCCCAUCAGUCGAUUUGGGGUCGGUUUUCCGACCCCAAAUGUAAAAAACGCGAAAAUGAAUUCUACUGAUUAAACUUUCGUAAGAAAGAAAUUAGAUCCACAUAUUAUAUAGAUAUCACGCCUGCAAAGUUUGUCCAAGCAUUUCCAUAGACGCAUCCCAUAUAUAUCUCAUAUAUAUGUAUAGGUAUGUAUGUGUAUAUAUACAUAUAUGCAUAUGUAUAUAUGUAUGCGUGUAUAUAUAUAUGUAUAUGUAUGUAUAUAUACAUGUAUACGUGUGUUAUGUAUAAUUAUAUAAUGAUUACAUUAAGGUCGCGCGUGUGUCUCUGAAUGAAUCGCAUAUCCGUUGAAACAAACGGAUGUAAAUUUAUAUAUAAAUAAUAAUAUUUGUUAUCGAUUAACGAUUUUUUUUAUUCUGGUUGAAUAUCUUUGUUACCGGAAAAGUGUAUCCGAGCAAGUUGUAUCUCGUGUGAUCCGAUCGAGAGGAUCGUGGCGAGAAACUCAGAGAGUUUGCCUUGAAACUGCUCGCCUUUCGUUUAUUCCAAACUUACGGAAAAAUUUGCAUAUAUAUAUAUAACGUGCCGAUUAUAUGCUAUACGUAUUAUAUCGUAAGAUCGUGCUUUAUGUGUAUAUACGGAAAUAAAGUGAUUUUACUGAA